UACUCUUUUAAGUCAAGUCAACAAAUUUGCUCCCCCUAACCCCCUUUUUCGAUCUCUUCUUCUCUCUCCUUUUCUCGUCCAAAUUUCGCCUCGAUUUUCUCUCUCAAUCUACAAUUCGACAUCCGAUUCUUCCGAUUCUCGUUCUCCUCUGUCGAUUGAUACCUGUUUUAGCCUCAGCCACUGAAAAUUCGAAAUCUAGGGUUAGGGUUUCAGAUUUCUUUAAACGUCGUCAGAUCUGUUUAGUUUUUCUGUUUUCUUUGUAAAUUAACAAAAUUUCAUCCGGGUUCUCUUUUCUACUCUGAUUUCAUCAUUCUCUGUUGAUAAAAAUUUGAUCUUUUCUUUCGUGCAAUUUUCCCUAAAAUUAAAUAUGGUACAAAAACGACCACUUAGUGAGGAGUUAUAUGAGGCCUUGUCCAAGCAACCGAAGCUUCUGGAGCCAAGUGACAAGAGGGUGUCAGUUUUAGAGUUCCCUGAUGGAAAUAUCCCUCCAAAGCUUCAUAUUUUAGGUGAAGAUGGGGCUGCUUGCGAUAAAAAGAAAGGUGAAAGUGAUGAAAGUCUUGUAGACAGCAAUCUUGCUGAAUUCCAAAGUUAUGUUGAGAAAGAAAUAGAUAGAAGUCUGGCUUGCUCCAUUUCCAACUCUUCCUGGGCUACAAGCACUACCUGUGAAGAAGAUGUCAGGUCGGGGGCACCUUGCAUAUUGCUGUCUCCAAACCAUUAUAAUCUUGACUUUCCAGCAAGGACCAUUUUUCAUACCGGAGAUAUUUAUUCUUCUCUUUUGGAAUAUCCUCCUCGGAAAUUGGUCCCCAUUGGCAGUGGUUUUCAAGCAGAAAUACCUGAAUGGUGUGGGUGUGAUGAUGAAAAGUUGUCCAGUUCAUCAGGAGAUGCUUUUGAAGUCUUCAACCGUUCAUCCCAAUCUCUCAUGUCAGAUAUUGGUAAUCAUUUAGACCAUGAGAGGCAAUUUUCUGGUUCUUGUCUAGUUCCCAUGCCUAGAUCAGACAUGUCUGAAGACACUGGGGAGAAACUUGGAGAUGGAAGAAUUGAUUGUUCCUGUGAUGAUGUGGGAUCCGUUAGAUGUGUUCGGCAACACAUCACUGAAGCACGAGAAAAACUCAGGAAAACCCUUGGCCAGGAGGCUUUUGUCAAGUUGGGUUUUUUGGAAAUGGGAGAGGUAGUGGCUGAAAAAUGGAGCGAGGAGGAAGAGGAAAUAUUUGCUGAGGUUGUAUUUUCCCAUCCUGCAUCACUGGGGAGGAACUUUUGGAACCAUUCAGCUAUUGAAUUUCCUUCUAGGACCAAGAAGGAAAUAGUUAGCUAUUAUUUUAAUGUCUUCAUGUUACGAAGACGUGCUGAACAGAACAGAAUUGAUGUGUUGAGUAUUGACAGCGACAAUGAUGAAUGGGAAGGAACUAAUGUUUCUGCUGAUGAAGUAAUAGAAAAAAUAAAUGGGUAUGAUGACUCUGUGGUUGAAUCACCUGCCGAGGAAGAUGAUCAUAAUGAGAUCUUUGAAGACAAUCUCUGUGAAUACAAGGAUGACAUCAAUGCUGAGGAAGCUUCAGAAGAUAAUAUAAGGCUGAACCUUGAUGGCAGUAAGUGUGUCAGUAAAGAGUCAGACAUGCCUCCGAUUGACAUGCCUGAUAACUGCAGUUCAGAUCAAGCACAUCAGCCACUUGACCAAGUCCUUUCUGACAUAAGCGGAAAUCAAAAUACAAAACAUAUAACUAGCAACCUUAGUAGUAUGAGCAGCAGUACUGGUAAUGAACUUUUUUUAGAGCCAUGUAGUUCCAAAGAAUGGGAUGUUGGUUGUUUGACCUGCCCCAAGGAUGAAGAUUUUCUUCCGACGUCCAGUGUGAUUGAAGAAGUCUUCGGUGCUGGAGCUUGGAAUUCACGAGACUAGAGAUGGCUAGGACAGCUUGGAGUUGACAUCCCAGUGUGCAGAGGUGAUCAAUACCUAAAGAACAGCUGCUGGAAGUGUAUAUACUGCUCCACAGAUAGAUUUAGUAGAUAUCUUGUUUCAGAAAGCUAUGCGCAUAGACAAAAGCACAAAAUCUGAUACAGACUUUAGAGGAAAGGCCACAUGGCCAUGUGCCUUUCAAGGUUGUAAUUUUGACAUUGUCUAAUAAAUAAUUCAUUACCAGGCAGUUAUGCCACUUGAAA